GCGCCCCCCUCGCCUCCGCCCUCAUUCCUUCCCUCGCCUUCUUGGUGUCGUCUCCUCCGCUGCUUCUUCUCCUUCUUCUUCCUCCUCUGCUGCUGCGACUCAAACCCCUCGGUCAACCGCCACCGCUCCAUUUUGCAUCUGAAGGUCGCUGUUGCGCCGGAGGUAAUGGCCCCCAAGGCCGGCCGUGGCAAGGGCAGGGGCGGCGGCGGCAAAGGCGACAAGAGGAAGAAGGAAGAGAAAGUUGUGCCCAGCGUCAUCGACGUCACGGUUGUCACCCCCUAUGAAUCUCAGGUGACACUCAAGGGGAUAUCUACGGACCGUGUGCUGGACGUGAGGAAGUUGCUGGGGUCGAAUGUGGAAACGUGUCACCUGACAAACUAUUCGCUGUCCCAUGUGGCACGCGGGCAGCGGCUUGAGGACGCCGUCGAAAUCGUGGCGCUGAAACCCUGCACGCUCAAGAUCGUGGAAGAGGAGUACGCGACGGAGGAGCAGGCGUUGGCGCACGUCCGCCAGCUGCUGGACAUCGUCGCCUGCACCACCGCGUUCGCCAAGCCUCGCGACGGCGCCACGAAGCACAAGCCGUCCAAGCAUGGGCGCCCCGCGACGCCGCCCUCCCCGCCCGCGCCCGUCUCCACCGGGGCGCAUGGCGGCGAGGGCGCGCCGCCGAUAUCGGAGGCGCACGACAUGGCGGCUAUCCGGCCGCCGCCGAAACUAGGAGAGUUCUACGACUUCUUCUCGUUCGCCCACCUCACUCCGCCCGUCCACUUUAUCAGGAGGAAGGAGGCGAAUGGUGCUUCUCAGGAAGGCGAUUACUUCGAAAUCGAGGUUAAGGUUUGCAACGGGAAGCUUCUGCACGUAGUUGCUUCGGUCAAGGGUUUCUACUUGGUGGGGAAGCCGCACACCGUAAGCCGCUCCCUGGUGGACCUGCUGCAACAGCUCAGCAAUGCAUUUGCUAAUGCAUAUGAGGCGCUGAUGAAAGCUUUUGUAGAUCACAACAAGUUUGGGAAUGUACCUUAUGGAUUCCGUGCAAACACAUGGCUUAUUCCUCCAAUAUAUGUUGACUCCGCUACAAAGUGCCCAGCACUGCCAGUUGAGGAUGAGAAUUGGGGUGGAGAUGGGGGUGGCAGUGGACGCGAUGGAAAAUAUGAUAGAAGACGGUGGGCAAAAGAAUUUUCUAUUUUGGCUAGAAUGCCAUGCAAAACUGAGGAAGAGCGGGUGGUCAGAGACCGGAAGGCUUUUCUUUUACACAAUCUGUUUGUAGAUACAGCAAUUUUUAGAGCUGCAUCAACGAUACGGCGACUCAUUGAUUUGUCCAUGAACUCAACUAGCGCACAAACUGGUCCAUAUGGUUCGAACGUACUUGAGGAACGUGUCGGGGACAUGCAUAUAACCGUAAAGAAGGAUGAGGCUGAUGUUAGUUCGAAGCUGGAUGACAAAGUUGAUGGAGUUGCCUUCUGUCAAACGGGUGCUAUGGAUAUAUCACAAAGGAAUCUUCUCAAAGGUUUAACUUCUGAUGAAAGUGUUGUUGUUAAGGAUUCCUUGACACUAGGAGUGGUGAUUGUCAAGCAUUGCGGAUAUACGGCAACUGUGAAGGUUUCUGGAUGCACGAAAGACUGUAAUGAUGGUAAACAAACCUUUGAUACCUCUGAUAAUCUUGAUGGAAUGCUGAACAUUGAUGUACAUGACCAUCCAGAUGGAGGUUCUAAUGCCUUGAAUGUUAACAGUCUAAGAAUACCGCUCCCUAAAAUUAUCAAUUCAGAAACUGCUGCUGGUAAUCAGUACCCUACUCCAAAGUCUCAUGGUGAUAUUCCUGUGAGGAAACUAGCACGUACUGUACUUGAAGACAGCUUGAUAAAGCUGGAUAGCAUGCCUUGCAAAAAUCCUAGAAUUAUCAGAUGGGAACUUGGGUCCUCCUGGCUGCAAUACUUGCAGAAAAAGGAUUCUCCGGUAUCUGAGAAUGGUAAGGGGAAUGCAACAAAUGGUGACAAAGGGGCAGCUGUCAAAGGUCUUGGAAAACAUUUUGAACAGUUAAGGAAGAUUAAAAAGAAAGAAUGCAACAUUGAAGGUUCCAUCUCUGAGAAGGAAGAGUCUAACUGCUUGCCGACGAAUGGUAUGCAAGAAUCAGAUAAGAUAGCAGUUGAUGAAACAAAUAAGGAGGCUGAUAUAAGCAAGCUGAUGUCAGAGGAUGCUUUCUUUCGCUUGAAGAGUUUGGGAGCUGGCCUUCAUGAAAAGUCGCUUGAAGAGCUCACCAAGAUGGCCCACAAUUUCUAUGAUGAUACUGCGCUUCCAAAGCUGGUGGCUGAUUUUGCUUCCCUUGAACUUUCCCCAGUGGAUGGAAGAACCAUGACCGAUUUCAUGCAUACUAGGGGACUUAAUAUGUGCUCCUUAGGCCGUGUGGUAGAGCUAGCGGAGAAGCUCCCACACAUCCAGUCCAUAUGCAUCCAUGAAAUGGUUAUUAGAUCCUUUAAGCACAUCAUCCGAGCUGUUAUUGCAGCUGUUGAUGACAUGCAAAAUAUGUCUGCAGCUAUAGCUGAGAUUCUAAACAUUUUACUAGGAUCUCCCAGACUUGAAAAUGAUGCUGACACAGAUGCCCAUAGUGAACAUAAUUUGCGAUUGAAAUGGGUAGAGAACUUCCUUUCAAAAAGAUACUGCUGGAAAUUGAAAGAUGAAUUUCCACACUUACGGAAAUUUAUCAUUCUGAGAGGGCUUUGCAGCAAGGUUGGACUGGAGUUGGUUGCUAGAGACUACGAUAUGAAUAGCCCUAACCCAUUUGACAAAUCUGACAUUGUCAGCAUUGUUCCUGUAUGCAAGCAUGUGGUCUACUCAUCUAUUGAUGGUCGAAACUUACUGGAAUCAUCAAAGAUGGCAUUGGAUAAAGGAAAACUAGACGAUGCUGUCAGCUAUGGAACAAAGGCUUUGUCCAAAAUUAUAGCUGUUUGUGGUCCAUACCAUCGACUGAGUGCUAAUGCAUACAGCCUUCUUGCUGUAGUGCUUUACCAUACUGGAGAUUUUAAUCAGGCAACUAUCUAUCAGCAAAAGGCACUUGAUAUCAAUGAAAGGGAGCUUGGUCUUGACCAUCCGGAAACUAUGAAGAGUUAUGGGGAUUUAUCUGUCUUCUACUACCGUCUGCAACACAUUGAAAUGGCUCUAAAGUAUGUGAACCGUGCACUAUAUCUGCUUCAGUUUUCUUGUGGGCUUUCACACCCGAAUUCAGCUGCCACCUACAUAAAUGUGGCUAUGAUGGAAGAAGGUAUGGGAAAUGUUCAUGUUGCUCUUCGGUACUUGCAUGAAGCCCUGAAGUGCAACAAGAGAUUGCUAGGAGCUGAUCACAUCCAGACUGCUGCAAGCUACCAUGCCAUAGCCAUAGCCCUUUCAAUGAUGGACGCGUACUCCUUAAGCGUGCAACAUGAACAAACCACCUUGCAGAUACUUCAGGAGAAACUAGGGCAAGAUGACCUUCGAACUCAGGAUGCUGCUGCAUGGCUAGAAUAUUUCGAGUCAAAAGCAUUAGAACAGCAAGAGGCCACUCGAAGAGGCAUGCCAAAACCUGAUUCAUCUAUUGCAAGUAAAGGGCAUCUUAGCGUAUCAGAUCUUCUUGACUUCAUAAGCCCAGACCAGGAAAGAAAAGAGAGGGAUAUGCAAAGGAAGUGCAGGCGUGCAAAGAAUAAUAUCAGAGCCCAUCAUGGCGAACCAGUUGAAGAAAAGGAGAAUUUCCAGCAUGACUCAGGAUCUCCUCUUGAAGCAAGCAAAGACAGUUUUCGAGAAGAAAAAGUGGAUAUGCAUUCUCAAGUGGUAUUAAAAGAAAAUUAUGCUGUCCAUGACGAGCAGAAGCAAGCAGAUGUUCUAUCACCUGAAGAAUAUUCUGACGAAGGGUGGCAAGCAGCUAAUUUAAGAGGGCGAUCUGCAAAUGUAAGGAAGAAAAGCAGUGGCAGGAAGCCAGCUCUCACAAAAUUAGCGGUUGAUCGCUUUGAAGAUCAAACAAAAGGAGAUAAAGAAGAUGCUGUAAGCGCUCCUAGCCAACUCUCCUUUGGUAGCUUUCUGAAAAAUGACAAGUUAAAUGGGGAUCCCAGCAUUGUUGAAGAUAAGUUUUGCAAUGCUAUGGCUAAACCAGAACGGGGUGCAAAACCUAAAGGAAUUAACAGGCCAAGUAGCAUAGCUUCCAAGUAUGUAUCAUACAAAGAUGUGGCUGUUUCUCCCCCUGGCACAGUCUUGAAACCAAUUUUGGAACAGAAGGAAUCAAAGGAGAAGGAUAAUGGACAUGAUACUGAUCAAACACUGUCAUCCGAGGAAGAAGAUAGAAGGUUUGCAGAAACAGAGAAGGAAAAGCCAAGUGAUGACAGCAGCAAAGAGGUGCUUUCAAGUCAGCCAGAUGGAGUCAAUCAUAUAGAAACAGCAGCUGACAGCAACAGUGACGAAAGCCCAUCAGCGCCUAAGAAAACAUCUGGAAGCAAACUUUCAGCUUCAGCUCCUCCAUUCAAUCCUGGAUCACUCUUAUCAAUGUCCCACCCGUACAGCACAGUGGCAAUAUAUGAUGCUAGUGCUGUUCUUCAACCAAUACCAAGCCAAGCAAUGGAGGUUCUCCCUCAUGCCAUUGACACUAGAGUGCCUCGUGGUCCUCGGUCCACCUUGUACUAUCGUACUGGGCAUGCCUUCCAAAGGAAACAAGGUUACACACACAGCCAGAGUACUAUUGUGAGGGGUAGCUACUCCCCCACAACCAUGAAUCCUCAUGCUGCUGAGUUUGUACCUGGAAAAACUUUGCAGCAAUCUGAUGUGGCUGACAGAGAACCUAGUCCCACUAAUCCUGCGACUGAUUCUGCUCAGGAUGUGGCAUCUCAGGCCGCAGAUGAAGUAAAGGCUGAAAUGCCUGCCACAGAAAAGCCAGGUCAAAUUGAGAAAGUCAUUUCAGGUAAAGGAAAGGAAAACAGAGGUAAAGAUGUCAUGAGAAAUUCAUACAAAACAGAACUUGCGAGGCAAAUUUUGCUCAGUUUCAUCGUGAAGUCAGUUCACGAUAGCUUAGGUUCCAUUGGAGCUGGAUCAGACGGAAAACCAAGUGGAUCCGAUGAAGCUAGUAAUGAACAGAGCAGCAACAUAAGCAAGAAUGCCUCUGGUCGCAAAGAUUUUGAUAAACAAGAGAAAGCUACCGAGGUACCUGAAGGCGAGAAGGAUACAGAGGGAUUUACAGUCGUUUCAAAACGCAGAAGGCGGCAACAGCCAUUCAUGAACCCCAUAAAUGGUCUCUAUUCUCAGCAGUCUAUUUGCACUUCUGUCAGCUAAGGUUAGUGCACUUUCUAAGACCUGCAAUAUUUUGGGAGAUGGUACCUUUUACUUUGCUUAGACGGUUGGUAGCAGAGUUUUGCCCUAUCCAAAUGAGCGAUUGUGUAGUCAAACUGUACAAAGUUUUCCGGAAUACCAUUUUGUAAUAAAACCAUUGUAAUUUGGGGUAGCUGUAGUGCUGAAUAAAAUGUUUUGCCUUUGUAUGUUA